AAACAAAAUCACGUAGAAAUGAAAUUGGGGACAACGCAGCAACGCUUCAAAAGCUCUCUCUAGUUCCGCCCGCCUUCCGCCGUGCAAUUCUCAAAAUGUUCGGAGCUCAGCCUUCCUCCGGCGCAGCCUUCGGAACUCCCUCCUCCACACCGGCAUUCGGAACGCCCUCUUCCACACCGGCAUUCGGAACGCCUUCCUCUACACCUGGGUUCGGAACCCCUUCCUCCACCCCAACCUUCGGCACCCCGUCAUCCACUCCAGCAUUCGGCACGCCUUCUACUCCAUCAUUCGGCUCGGGGUUCGGCACUUCACUCUUUUCCACUCCAUUCUCCCAGCAAGCCCAACCACAACAGCAGCAGCAGACUCCUUCACUAUUUCAAACCCCACAGCCACAGCCCAGUAGCCAUUUUGGCUUUUCGACGCCAUUUGGUGCCGCCGCACAAGCUCAGCCCACGCCGUUCAAUGCUCCGUCUUCAUUGCCUUUUGCGAAUUCACAGUUGACUACUCAGAUGGCUCCUGUUGCUCCCCUUCCCUUUUCCCUCGCCGAUCGUGAUAUUCAAGCAAUUGUAGAAGCUUAUAAGGAGGAGCAUGGGAACCCGAAAUAUGCAUUUAAGCAUCUUUUAUUCAGUGUUACUGAACCUCAGCACAGAGCAAAGCCUGCUGGUGUAUCAGACAUUAUGUGGGCAGAGGCAAUGGGGAAGCUUGAAGGCAUGGAAAGUUCCAACCGGGAACGCUUGUGGCCACAACUUGUGCAGUGUUUUAAAGAUCUUUCAAGUCGUCUCAAGCUUCAAGAUGAAGUCAUACUCUCAGAUUCUGAGAGAUUAAAGAUGACACGUAGCAAUGUGAAGAUGCUCCAAAGGCAUUUUCAAGUUGACACUCUUCCUCGGAUUCAAAGAAUGCAACAAAAAGAGCAAGUUCUUCAAAGGCGUCUUUUAAGGGUAAUGAGAAUAGUAGAGGCACUGGAGGGUAAAGGUUUCCGGUUACCUCUGAUGAAAGGAGAAGCUGAAUUGGCUGAGAAGUUGGCUGCAAUUACUCGGCAGUUAAAAGGACCUGGAGCAGAACUUUCUCGAAGGGUUCAAAAUUUGCUUGCUAUUUCUCGUGUUCAAGCACAUGGCCUUGAUGGUGGCUCUCUUUAUCUUCCAGGAUCAACCAAUAUCGAUGAACAAAGUCUUGCUGACAUGCAAGAGGUCUUGCAACAGCAAACUGAGGCUAUAUCUAGGCUUUGCAAUGUUAUGAAGAGAGAUUUCCGAGAUUUGGAGAUCAUAAUGGCUGAGGAUGCUCAGAUGGUUAAAGAGUAGAAUAAGCAGUUUGUCCGUUUGUUUUUCCUUUUCUUUUUCUUCCCUAGUCUCCGUUGGUUAAAAGUUCUUUUUUUCGGGAAAUGAACUGGAAAUUAUUUUACAUCUAGAAGUAAAUGAGAAGAGUGCAUUUUCUGUAUCAUUAUGCCAACACAAUCCAAUUUCAAGAUACUUUCAAGGAAGAUAGAACUGAUGUGAGUAUUGUGUUCAUCCAUUUAUAUUGAGGUAGAGGUCGGAAAAUCUUGUGACGCCAUUCUAAA